GGCGGGCACUCGGAGCGUCAGGGCGGCGCGAAGAUGGCGGCGGCGGUUGCUGGGCCCGGGGCGGCGGAGGCCCCCAGUUCGCUGCUGCUCGUGGUGGGCGGCGAGUGCGGGUGCCCCGGGCUGCUAGCCUAUGUGCUGGAAGAGCUUGAACGAGGCAUCCGUUCGUGGGACAUUGACCCUGGCGUCUGCAGCCUUGAUGAGCAGCUCAAGGUCUUCGUGUCCCGGCACUCGGCCACCUUCUCCAGCAUUGUGAAAGGCCAACGGAGCCUGCACCACCGUGGAGACACCCUGGAGACGCUGGUCCUCCUGAAUCCAUCAGACAAAUCCCUUUGUGACGAGCUCCGGAACCUUCUGCUGGACCCUGCCUCUCACAAGCUGCUGGUGCUGGCCGGGCCCUGCCUGGAGGAUACAGGGGAGCUGCUGCUCCAGACAGGUGGCUUCUCCCCCCGCCACUUCCUCCAGGUCCUGGAGGACAAAGAGAUCCAGGAUCUCCUGGCCUCCACACCCCUGCCUGCAGAGCCGCCCAAGCUCACCAUCACCUGCCCGACCUUCGGUGACUGGGCCCAGCUGGCACCCGAAGUGCCCGGCCUCCAGGGCGUGCUCCAGCUGCGGCUGAACCCCCCAGCACAGCUGCCAGCUUCUGAGGGCCUGCGGGAGUUCCUGGAGUACGUGGCGGAGUCGCUGGAGCCGCCAUCCCCCUUUGAGCUGCUCGAGCCCCCAGCCUCCGUGGGCUUCCUCAGGCUCGCCCGGCCCUGCUGCUACAUCUUCCCUGGCGGCCUCGGGGAUGCCGCCUUCUUCGCCGUCAACGGCUUCACCGUGCUGGUCAACGGUGGCUCCAACCCCAAGUCGAGCUUCUGGAAGCUGGUGCGGCACCUGGACCGGGUGGACGCCGUGCUGGUGACCCACGCGGGCGCCGACAGCCUCCCAGGCCUCAACAGCCUGCUGCGCCGCAAGCUGGCGGAGCGCGAUGAGGCAGCCGCGGGCGGGGACUCCGGGGAUGACCGGCUGCGCAGGCUCAUCUCCCCCAACCUGGGCGUCGUGUUCCUCAACGCCCGCGUGGCCGCCUCGCGCCUGGUGCGCGGCGAGGAUGAGGCAGAGCUAGCCCUGAGCCUCCUGGCCCGGCUGGGCAUCACCCCGCUGCCCCUGAACCGCGGGCCACUGCCGGCUGAGCCCACCGUGCUCUUCCAGAAGAUGGGCGUGGGCCGGCUGGACAUGUACGUGCUGCACCCACCCUCGGCCACCGCGGACCACACGCUGGCCUCUGUGUGCGCCCUGCUGGUGUGGCACCCCGCGGGCCCCUCCGAGAAGGUGGUGCGGGUGCUGUUCCCCGGCUGCACACCACCCGCCCGCCUCCUGGAUGGCCUGGUCCGCCUGCAGCACUUGGGGUUCUUGCGGGAGCCUGUGGUAACUCCCCAGGACCUGGCGGGGCCUCGGCGAGCUGAGAGCAAGGAAAGCGUGGGCUCCCGGGACAGCUUGAGGAGAGAGGGCCGCGUGACGGCGCCUCCCAGGCCCACCCAGGAGCGCCCCGGGGUGGCCCGGAAGGAGCCACCGCGGGCUGAGGCCCCUCGCAGGGCUGAGAAAGAAGCCAGGCCCUCCCGGGAGGUGAAGAAGGACCCCAAGCCGAGCGCCCCUCGGGCCCAACCCCGGGAGGUGCGCCGGGCGGCCUCCGCUGUGGUCAGUGGCAAGAAGGCGGGCGCCCAGGUGGCUCCCAAGCCCCGCAGAGCCCCCAACACACCCCGCCCGGGUGUCCCGCCGGCGGAGAAUGGGCCCCGCAGCCCCCCCAGCUUCCGAUGCGGAGGGGCCAGCCCCCCCAUGGAGGCCUGCAGCUCCCCCGCCUCCCAGCUGGUGGCCACGCCCAGCCAGGAGAGCAGCCUGGAGCUGGGGCUGAGCCCGGCUGGGGAGGAGGGCGGCAGCUUGGAGGAGAAGACCCUGGAGCUGCUGUUGGCCAGCAGCUCCCCGCAGCCGUGCACACCCUCGCCCGCCGGCGCCCACCAGGGCCCGACCGAGAGCAGCGGGCCGCUGUCACUGAGCCCGCUGCGGGCUGGGGAGCCCGGGCCGGAUGCCUCCCCCACUGUGACCACGCCCUCGCUGCCCGCCGAGGUGGGCUCCCCGCACUCCACCGAGGUGGACGAGUCCCUGUCCGUCUCCUUUGAGCAGGUGCUCCCGCCGCCACCUGCCAGCGCCGGUGAAGCCGGGCUGAGCCUCCCGCUCUGUGGCCCUCGGGUGCGGCGCUCGGCCUCCCCGCACGACGUGGACCUGUGCCUGGUGUCGCCCUGUGAGUUUGAGCAUCGCAAGGCCGUGCCCAUGGCGCCGGCACCCGUGUCCCCUGGCAGCUCCAAUGACAGUAGCGCGCGGUCCCAGGAGCGGGCGGGCGCUCCAGGGGCCGAGGAGACACCACCCACGUCCGUCAGCGAGUCCCUGCCCACCCUGUCUGACUCGGACCCCCUGCCUGCCGCCCCUGGCACUGCGGACUCAGAUGAGGACACAGAGGGCUUUGGCGUCCCUCGCCGCGACCCACUGCCUGACCCCCUGAAGAUCCCCCCACCCCUGCCCACUCCGCCUAGUAUCUGCAUGGUGGACCCAGACAUGCUGCCUCCGGAGCAGGCCCGGCCAAGAGAGGGCCUCGGCCGUACCCGGAAACCCCUUACCCGCCCCAACCCUGGCACCACCGCCCCCAGAGCGAUGCCAGUGACUGCUGCCAAAACCAAGGGGCUGGCCAGUGGGGACCGGGCCAGUCGGCCACUCAGCGCCCGGAGCGAGCCCAGUGACAAAGGAAGUCGGGCACCCCUGUCCAGGAAGUCCUCAGUCCCCAAGACGACCACUCGAGGUCCAUCCGGGUCAGCUGGCAGUCGGCCAGGAGGGCCAGCGGCCCCGCCGGGCUCUCCUGUCUACCUUGACCUGGCCUACCUGCCCAGCGGGGGCAGUGCCCGCCUGGUGGACGAGGAGUUCUUCCGGAGGGUGCGUGCGCUCUGCUACGUCAUCAGCGGCCAGGACCAGCACAAGGAAGAGGGCAUGCGGGCCGUCCUGGAUGCGCUCCUGGCUGGCAAGCAGCAGUGGGACCGUGACCUCCAGGUGACCCUGAUCCCCACCUUCGAUUCGGUGGCGAUGCACGAGUGGUACGAGGAGACGCAUGCCCGGCACCAGGCGCUGGGUGUCACGGUGCUGGGCAGCAACAGCACGGUGUCCAUGCAGGACGAGGCCUUCCCUGCCUGCAAGGUGGAGUUCUAGCCCCGCCCCCAGCUCCCCGCCGCCCCCCCCCACCCCGAACCUGCCACCGUCCUGAGAUGCAUCUGUCAGAAAUAAACCAGGUACUCCGCUC